GGCCCGGAUUGAAUUGAAAAAAGAAGGCUGAAACGACAUCGUACGUCACGAACACUUGACUCUAUCUCGAUCGAAGCGGAGAAGCUCCGGCAUUUUCCGGCGACUGUUGUCUCUUGUAUUCUUAGUCCCGGCGAUCGACUGUCUUGCAAGAAAUAGAAUACAGAGAAGUACAAUGCAACGCUUAGCAACCAGGGUGUCAAGAUGGGCACUAUCUUCGGUUGAACAUUGUUCUGGCACGAGCCAUUCAUCAUUUCUUAUAAAGCGGCCAUUCUUCACCAGUACUGUGCAAAGAGCGCCUGCAAUAAUCCAUCAGCAUACCAUUCCAGUUGACUUUCUUAAAUGGGGUUCACUUGGUUCCCACAGGUUUUCAAGCUUUGCCUCUGGCUUCUCACCAUUGAAACACAAGCCAUUGGAAUCCAUAAUUGACAUCGAGAGGGCAAAGCAUCAAACCCCAGAGGAUCUAGCUGCAAUUUGGGAUGAUUUUCAUUUGGGAAGAGGUCAUAUUGGUGCAUCAAUGAAGACAAAGUUGUAUCAUCUGCUGGAGCACCGAGCUGCUGACUGCCGCUAUUUCGUGAUCCCAGUGUGGAAAGGAAGUGGUUAUUCAACAAUGUUUGUUCAAGUGCAGAUGCCACACAUUCUUUUCACUGGUCUUGAAGAUUACAAAGCACGAGGAACUCAAGCUGCUCCUUACUUCACCGUUUCUCAUUACAAAGAAUUUGCGGAAACCAAGGAUUUGGUUCUAAUUCGAGGAGAUAUCGUGUUUACGAGCAAACUAACCGAUUUGGAGGCAAAAUGGCUUUUGGAAACUGCGCAGUCGUUUUACUUGAACGACACAAGGUACAAAUUGGUUGAACGAUUCAACAAACAAACAAGCGAGUUUGAGUUUAAAGACGUUUUACGAGCAUUGGACAUGCCCAUGAUGUAGUCUGUUUUGAAAUAAUCGUAAGUUGUCAAAGGAACAACAAUAAGAAACAUCUUUUUAGGUCCUUUAAUCUUUUGUUUUGUGAUGAAUCCAGGAGAAAAAAAGAAAGACUCAGAAUUUUGACUUGUUAUUUGAUUAACUGCUGGAAAAUGGCUCUUUUGUUUUUUGAAUAAAUGACACCAUGGGCAUGUACAUUUAAAUUU